AUGACCGUCAGAUUGGUGAUCAAGGGACUGGAGUGGACUGGAGGGCAGUGGAGAGAGAGGCGGGCGGGGCGCAGCGGAGCGGAGGCGGUCGGGGGCCAGCGGAGCGGAGGCGGGCGGGGGGCAGCGCAGCGGAGGCGGGCGGGGGGCAGCGGAGCGGAGGCGGGCGGGGGGCAGCGGAGCGGAGGCGGGCGGGGGGCAGCGGAGCGGAGGCGGGCGGGGGGCAGCGGAGCGGAGGCGGGCGGGGGGCAGCGGAGCGGAGGCAGGCGGGGGGCAGGGGAGCGGAGGCGGGCGGGGGGCAGGGGAGCGGAGGCGGGCGGGGGGCAGGGGAGCGGAGGCGGGCGGGGGGCAGGGGAGCGGAGGCGGGCGGGGGGCAGGGGAGCGGAGGCGGGCGGGGGGCAGGGGAGCGGAGGCGGGCGGGGGAGCGGAGCGGAGGCGGGCGGGGGAGCGGAGCGGAGGCGGGCGGGGGAGCGGAGCGGAGGCGGGCGGGGGAGCGGAGCGGUGGCGGACGGGGGGCAGCGGCGCGGACACUGGCGGGGGAGGGGAGCGGAGGCGGGCGGGGGGCAGGGCAGUGGAGCGGCGGCGGGAGGGGGGCAGGGCAGUGGAGCGGAGGCGGGCGGGGGGCAGGGCAGUGGAGCGGAGGCGGGCGGGGGGCAGUGGAGCGGAGGCGAGCGGAGGGCAGUGGAGCGGAGGCGAGCGGAGGGCAGUGGAGCGGAGGCGAGCGGAGGGCAGUGGAGCGGAGGCGAGCGGAGGGCAGUGGAGUGGAGGGCAGUGGAGCGGAGGCGAGCGGAGGGCAGUGGAGCGGAGGCGAGCGGAGGGCAGUGGAGCGGAGGCGAGCGGAGGGCAGUGGAGUGGAGGCGAGCGGAGGGCAGUGGAGGCGAGCGGAGGGCAGUGGAGGCGAGCGGAGGGCAGUGGAGGCGAGCGGAGGGCAGUGGAGGCGAGCGGAGGGCAGUGGAGGCGAGCGGAGGGCAGUGGAGGCGAGUGGAGGGCAGGGGCGAGGGGAGGCAAUGA